UUAUACCAACAACAGCAGCGACAACAAAACCAACAACAAGACCAACGAAGGCACCGACAACAGUACCGACAACGGUACCAACUACAGAACCAACAACAACACCUACGAAGGCACCGACAACAGUACCGACAACGGUACCAACUACAGAAUCAACAACAACACCUACGAAGGCACCGACAACAGUACCGACAACGGGACCAACAACAGAACGAACAACAGCACCGACGACGGGAACGACAACGGGACCGACAACAAAGCUAACAACAGUACCGACAACGGUACCAACAACAGAACAAACUACAGCCCCGACGACGGGAACGACAACAGCACCAAGUACAGCACCAACAACAGAAGUCGAAACAACUUCGGUGUCUCCUUCUUGUGACGGUGGAUAUCUGCCACACACCAAGUGUCAUCGAACCUAUAUCAAACUUGGAGCAUUCAAGGAGAAAAGUAAAGMYAGAGCGAUGCCAGUGCUGCUAUUGACUGAUCGAGACUGCUUUAGCGACGAGAACGAUGGRCAUAAGCUGGACUGGUACAAAUUCGAAGAAUCAAUUCACAGCUUGGCAUGUCGAUGUGCAGAACUGGCAAAGCAAAACCAUUGGCAAGUAUUUGGCUUACAGAACUACGGCGAAUGUUGGAGUGGUCCAAAUGCAGCAUUCACGUUUGACAAAUAUGGCAAAGCCGGACCGCAUGACUCAGUUCAAAUACUGACUAACAGUACUGCUCAGUGUGACAA